GUGUGUCCGGCAGGGCUAGGUGCGUGGGUUUGUGAGGAUAGUGUACCACAGGCGUUAUCAAUGUUGGUGUGUAAUGUGUCUCGGUUUCUGGAUAGAGUGGCCCCGAGAAGGUUUUUUUCUCUUUUUGAAGUAGAAAAUGACCUUUCACCCACUGAAGUUCUUCUGUUUGUGAAAGGAGCAGCCGCUACAAGGUUUUGCUCCUUCUGGAGUAGGAAAUGACACUGCACCCACAGACAUAUCGUAGUAUGACAGACUAUCUUAGUAUCUAUUGUGGUUUGGCUUGUGUAUGGAGCAGCCUUGACGACGUUCUCCUCUGUUUUUGGAGAAGACAGUGGCGUUAGCUUACUUUCAACAAAGUUCUGCUGUGGUGAAUUUAAUGAAAAGGGAACCUACCAGUAUCUGAAGGGAGACCCCCUUCUUCAGGACUUCAGGAAAGUCAGAGAAACUAACGUCAUUAGGAACUGUAGUGACAAGAAAUAAUGGGUUCAAACUUAAAGAAAAUAAAUUUAGGCUAGAUCCAGGAAGGAAUUUUCUACUGUCAGGGGCGUUGAAAUGCUGGAACAAGUUGUCCAAGGAGGUUGUGAAUGCCCCAACCCUGGCACUGUUCAAAACCAGUUUGGGUAAGACUUGAGCCACCUGGUCUAGUGAGAGGUGUCCCUGUCCAUGGCAUGGGGAUGUUGGGACUGAGUGAUCUUUAAGGUUCUUUCCAGUCUCUUAACAUUCUACGAUACUAUAAGUUACUUGGUUAGCGCUAGCUGCAAGUGGUGACUAGGAAGAUGGGUGAUUAGAUAUUGGAAUGGGCUGCCCAGGGAAGUGGUGGAGUCACCAUCCCAAUGGGUGUUCAAGGAAAGACUGGACAUGACAUUUGGUGUCAUGGUGUGGUUGACAGGGUGGUGUUCAGUCUUAGAUUGGACUUGAUGAUUUCAGUGGUCUUUUCCUGCCUAAUUGUUUCUGUGUGAUUCCUCAGGUGAUUCAGUUAAUUUUUUAUCUCAAAGACAAGGCAUCUAUCUGUGGCCAGAAUGCCCCUGCAUCCUUGCUGUACCCCAGCCAGAGGAACUAUCCAUCAUGCUGCGAAUGGGUCACCUGAGGAAUUCAAGAAAAAAUGUGCCUCAGAGAUUGCUGACCUCAGACCUUGCAGAAACCUGCUUUAUCAGAGCUGUGAUGGCCAGUCACCAAGCAGAAGUUCAGAGUUUGAAGCUAGAUAAUGAUUCAGUUAUAGAAGGAGUAAGUGACCAGGUACUGGUGGCAGUUGUGCUCAGUUUCACUUUCAUUGCUGCUCUGGUAUAUACACUUUUAAGAAAUGAACAUCAGAACAUACAUCCAGAAAAUCAAGAGCUAGUGCGAGCUCUUCGUCAACAGCUUCAAACUGAUCAGCAGGAUGCUUCUGCUGGUGACCGGCAUCGCUUCUAUACAGAUAUGUCGUGUCCUGUCUGUUUGCAACAGGCUACAUUCCCUAUAGAAACAAACUGUGGACAUCUCUUCUGUGGUUCCUGCAUUAUUGCCUACUGGAGGUAUGGCUCAUGGCUGGGUGCCAUCCGCUGCCCAAUCUGCAGACAGACGGUAACACUGUUCUUACCACUCUUUGGUGAAGAUCAGCAGGGUGCAGCCCAAGUGUUUCAAGAUGUUAAUGAUUACAAUCGAAGAUUCUCAGGACAGCCCAGAUCCAUUAUGGAAAGAAUUAUGGAUCUCCCCACUUUAUUGCGACAUGCUUUCAGGGAGAUGUUUUCUGUAGGGGGCCUCUUCUGGAUGUUUCGCAUCAGAAUAUUCCUCUGCUUGAUUGGAGCCUUGCUGUACCUGGCUUCACCUCUGGAUUUUCUUCCUGAAGCUCUGUUUGGAAUUCUGGGGUUCUUGGAUGAUUUCUUUGUCAUUUUUCUUCUGUUGAUAUAUAUCUCUAUCAUGUACAGAGAAGUGGUAACACAGCGUCUAAAUAGAUGAAAUGGACAAAAGUGACUCAAAAGCAGAGUCAGUUGUGGAAUGUUUUAAAAAGAAAACUAUAACAUAAGUAUGAUAUAGCAAGGUGCCUGUGUAUGAUUUCAGUAGUAACAAUUUCGUAGCUGGUUAUGUUAUACAAACAUAAAGGGUUAGUAUAUGGUGAUGCUUAACUGGAAUCUUUAAUUUGUGCAUUACAUAUGCUUCAUAAGGAUGAGGAUAGUUUCAUAAUGUUGUAAUAAACCACCUUCAUCUACUUCCACCUGAUGAACAACUGUGUGUAAUCAAAGCAGGAAAGAUUUUAUUUGGUUUGUUGUGGUUUGUGAAAAAGGAGUUCCAGCAAAGUGCUUCAAACAAUAAGCCUGGUUGUGUGAUCUAGAUGUGUAAGAAAAUUCAGAAAUUCUUCACAGUACAGUUAUCAUGGCUAAAUUGUUUGAUAUCUUCCUGUUGUGGGCUAGAGUUUUUUGAAAUAAAAGUAGCUUUGUUUGUCUCUGUGGAAGAAGAAACCCAAGGACCAUGUUAGAAUUAUCACCCUGCAGUUUGCUGUUGUCCACAUGCUUCAGAAAAAUAAGGAUAAGACCUUGGUAUUGUUCGAACUGCACUAUGUACAGUUGCAUGCAAUUUGUAUAAUUUUCUUUUUAUAUUUGGGAAUAUACACACAGUGUCUGCUCUACAUUGAGAAACCAGUAUUAUGCACGUCACACUUGUUAGUGCUCUAUUUUCUUAAGUGAGAGCAUGGUUUUUUUCUUCAGACUUUUUUAUUUGGUAAGUAUGUAUCUUAGAAGCAGAGGUUUUGUGCUGCUUGGGGUCAGUGCAAAAUGUCUCUGAAAUGCAGCUUUGCAUUUCUGUGUAUGCAUUAAAAUAUUUGACCAAUUGGAGAGGACACUCAAAUUCCAAAUAGCGGUUGAAAAAAAGAAGUCAGAACUGUAUGUUUACACUACAUGCACAUGUAUGUGUACAGUGUAGAUGUUUAGCCAAAUGUACAUUCUGCAAUAUAUGUGUACUAAACAACAUAGAUAUUGAGGUGAUUUUCUGUUGGAGUUUUCUUGUUUGAUUGGUUGUUUGAUUUGGAUGUUGAUAGAAGGGGUUCUGAAUUACUUUGAAAAAUAGUCUGUGAUAAGGGACCACAAAAAAAUCUUGAAAGUGUUUUCAAAAAUACCUAGGUAUUAAUUAUCCUUAAAGCUGAUUUCUUUUUCAUUUUGAAUCUGAGCAUAGGCUAUCAUAACUAUACAAGUAAAUUGAAAAUGCUUUCAUUUUGAGCAAUGAUUGCCACUAUAAAGGUCCAGGAUAUGACAGAUCAUUGUACUUUUCAGCUGGAGGAAUGAUAAUUGCAAUUUAACAUCCUGAGUACUUGAAAGACAGUGAAUUAACAGGUGAUUCUUUGUGUGUUUACAUAUAUAGAUGAGACUUACAAUGAAAGGGACCUUUUCACUGCUUUUGUAUUUUCCCCUUGCAGGUGUCUUUCCACAGCUUCUAGCACUUAGGCACGUGCAGGAAGAUGAUAGAGCUGAAACCUCAGGGGUCAGUUAUUGAGGGUGCAGAUUUUCCUUCAGUGUCAGUGCUCUAAAUGGCAUUGGUUUAAAACUAAAUUCACUGAUUCUUCAUUUGAAAAUUAAGUUUUGGAAAUCCAAGGACAUUUUACAAAUUAACUGGAAAGCUAAACUUUUCUUUGUUGCUGUCUAUUAGAGAUAGGCAAGAAAAGAAAAUAAAAGGGAAGUGAAGCAAGGUUUGGAGGAAGAGCACUAGAGAGAAAAUUACAUUUUUGGAAGCACAUGCUAACUAACUUUCUUAAGCAUCUUGGUUGAGCUUUUCCCUUUGUGUUGGCAUUGCUUACGUAUGGUGAUGUUUUAGUGGCUACCUCAGUCAAAACUCUUUAAUGUAUUAUUCAGUAAGAAUGAGAUAUUCAUAAGCUGUUAGGUGCAUUUACAAAGCAAGGCAGUAGUUUAAGAUGUUAUGUAAGACAGGAUUUCACAGUUUUGCUCUAAGUAUUGUUUUCAGUUUGGGGAUUUUCUUUCCCAACAAAUCUGGCUGAAAACAAACCCAAAAAAUUCUUUUUCCAUUGAGUAAAUUUAACACCCUCUUUUCUCCUGGAGUUUAAAUUGUAGGUCUGCUUAGGGAACAGUGUAAUCAGAGUUUUUUCAUGGAAUUUGUUGAUCUAGUACCUCAUCCAUACUUUUAUGCUAUGAUUAUGAUUUUCCCAUGACUCUCUAAAUCCAGAAUGGAUAUAAAUGCACAUGAAGCUGCUUACUGAUUGGUUUUCUUUGAAUUUCUCAAUUCCGCAUGCUACUGUGAAGUUCAUGUGGAAAUUCCCUAUCCCAUCCAAGGGGAUCCUGUGUGUCUGAAAUCAUACACAAACCACAUCUGAAAGACUAUAUGAAGUUUCCCCAUGCUCUUUUUCUUCAGUACAUAUCUGAUGGCCAGAAGGGUUUCACUCAGAGGCUUUUGCUUACUUUUGAAUAUUGAAUAGCAUUGUAAUCUUAAAUUCAGCACAUUAAAUGCUUGACAGAAUAAGGACUGUUCUUUUCAGCGAUAUGCGUGUUUGCUUGUGGAUAUUCUUUUUUGGUCCUGCAAACCAAUGAUAAACAGUAUUAUGACUUGUUCAGGUCUUUUUGUGUAAUGUGAAGCUGCCUCUGUCCUGCAGUGUCUGGCUGCUGCUCCUUUCCACAAAUCUGAAAUAGCUAUGAAUUAGCUAUCUUGGGUACUUAGCUUGAGUUUAACCUAAGCUCUAGAGCUCCCAAGAAGCUGGAGAUUAAAAUAUGAGCAUGUAGUAUUCCUGAACUUUGUGCUGUCAAGUUGUUCUGGCAGCAGUGUGAAAGGUAAGGGUUAGGGCUGAACAGUGGCUUUAGGAUGUAAAGGAAAUAUGUGAUGCUGUGUGCAGAGUGACUGCAAACAUGGCUGUGGUUUUGUCUCCUGAGGUGGGGUGGGUGUGUCACUAAGGGGGGAAAAUUUUAAAAAGGAAAACUAUGGCAGGAAGAUGUAGGGAGCUAAAACACAGUUCUUGAAAGAUCACAUGGGCACCAAAAACUAUGUGAAUUAUUUGAUUGUUCUAGCAAUAUAAAAAAAGAGGAAAACAAAAAUUAUAUUUAAUAGCUCUUAAAAAAUAACUUGUAGCAUCUUGAGGCCUAAUGAUCAUCGCUGUAUAGAGCGAUCCAUUUCUGUGCUGUUUGUCUGCCACACCAUUGAUGUCUGUGACAAUCAGGCACAAUGUGUGGUUUGGGGAUACAAUUUUGCCGUAAGUUUCAUAGAACUGUAGCAGUAUGUUACACUAGAUUUUUAAGACAAAAAAAUUUAAAACUACUUGUUGUUACUUUUAAUGAUAAUAAAUUGCUGUUAAAGAGA